UUGUACCCCAAGUCCCCAACCACCGCCUCUCGAAGCUACUGCGACGCCACGAUCCACCCCGUGGGGUGCUCGGGGUCUCCCCAAACCUGCUGUUCCCCGGACCGGAACCAUUUGAGAUGUGCUUUCUGGGGCUGCCACGAAUCGGUCGAGGUUCGGGAUGCGAACCUUCGUAUAAAGGUUUGGGGCGCCCCAAGCCAUCGCUGAUCUCUGUACUCCCCCCAGUCCAGGGUUCGAUCUUCUUCGGCCUACACGCUGCCAGUCACAAGUAAGACCGGGCCCCUUGGACGCGUAUCAAACUCGAGAUAGCCCGUAGCCAAGAUGACUGUCGCUACGACCGGCGUGAGCAAGAGCUACUUCGGUGGCCUGACGGGCCACCGCCUGGCGGUGCUCCAGACGGCCCUCAUCACCGCGCCGUCCUUCAUCCUCUUCGGUUACAAUCAGGCCGGUCUCGGUGGCCUGAUCGGGCUCAAAGACUGGGAGCGCACCUUUCCCGAGAUCGACACCACCCACCACAAGGAGUCAUCCGUGUCGACGCUCAAGGGCUUCGUCGUCGCCACCUUCGUCAUCGGCGCCCUCUUCGGCUCGCUCCUGUGCUCCUACACGGGCGACAAGUUUGGCCGCCGUCACGUCAUCUUCUUCGCCGGUCUCUGCACCCUCGUCGGCGAGGUCCUCGAGUGCGCCGCCUUCGGUCUCGCCCAGCUCAUCGUCGGCCGCGUCAUUGUCGGCUUCGGCAUCGGCCAGCUGAGCUCCAUCGUACCAGUCUGGCAGAGCGAGACGAGCGGCGCCAAGAACCGUGGACGCCAUGUCGUGCUCGACGGUGUUUUCAUCUGCCUGGGUUUCGUCCUCGAGAGCUGGAUUAACCUAGGAUUCUUCCAGUUCGGUGACAGCCCCAUCACCUGGCGCCCGCCCAUCGCCAUCGCCAUCCUGUUCUCGCUCAUCCUGUCCGGCUCUGUCUACCUCUUCCCCGAGAGUCCCCGCUGGCUGAUGGCCAAGAACCGCAAGUCCGACGCCGUCGCCGUUCUCUCGGUCCUGCGUGGCCUCCCCCAGGACUCGAUCGAGGUGCAGGCUGAGAUCUCAGGUAUCGAGCUGUCGCUCGAGGACGUCACGGGCAAGGACGCCAAGCUGUCCGAGAUGCUCAGCCCCAAGAACGAGGACAAGCUGCUGUACCGCUUCGGCCUCUGUAUCCUGCUGCAGUUCUUCCAGCAGAUGUCGGGCACCAACCUGGUCAGCGUCUACGCCACCAUCCUGUUCCAGGACAACCUUGGCAUGAGCCCCCAGCUGGCCCGCGUCCUGACGGGCGGCGCGCUGACGUGGAAGUUCCUCUCGUCGUUCCUCGCCUUCUUCUGCAUCGACCGCUUCGGCCGCCGCGUCUGCUUCAUGAUCUCGGGCGGCGGCAUGGCCGCCUGCAUGGUCGCGCUCGCCGUCGCCACGUCGUUCCCCGAGGACAACCGCGGGGCGCAGAUCAGCGCCGCCUGUUUCCUGUACCUCUUCAACACCUUUGUGCCCAUCGGCUUCCUCGGCGCAAACUUCCUGUACUGCACCGAGGUCGCGCCCGUCCGCCUCCGCAUGGUUAUGACCAGCAUCUCGACGGCUAACCACUGGCUAUGGAACUUUGUCAUCGUCAUGAUCACACCCGUGGCCAUCUCAACCAUCGGCUCCAGGUACUACAUCAUGUACGCCGUUAUCGCGGCCUGCAUCCCCCUGUCCGUCUACUUCCUCUUCCCCGAGACCAUGGGUCGCAACCUGGAGGAGAUCAACCUCAUGUUCCGCGACUCGCCCUCGGUCUGGGCCACCGUCAAGUACGCAAGGAACCGCCCCAUCGGCAUGCCCCAGGAGUUCGACAGGAAGCAGAAGACGGACCACAUUGAGGGCAACGGGGACGAAUCGUCCAAGUAGAUAGCCAGGUGAAGGCGAACACCAUGAUUAAAGGCGGAUUUAACAGAAUGGAGGGAAGCAAGUUGGAUUUUCUAGUUGAUAUAUGUAUAUAGGCUAUCAUCAUAUGACAUGAGAUAAAGCUAUAUGGCCAGCGAUCGCGUGGACCUAGUGUACAACAACAAGCCCGUUAGCCUCCAGCUCGAAACCAAGCUUGUGGUCAUCCGCCACGCGCCGCCGAGUGCGUCUUCGGGCC